GGCGCGGAGCGGGGCGGGCGGCGCGGCGGGGCUCGCUCGGCGCCGCAGCCGUAACCUCCCGUCUCUCCCUCUCGCAGCGGCCGCGGCGACGAUGCAGGCGGAGUCGGGGAUCGUGCCGGACUUCGAGGUGGGCGAGGAGUUCCACGAGGAGCCCAAGACGUACUACGAGCUGAAGAGCCAGCCCCUCAAGAGCAGCAAUUCCGAGCAUCCUGGCGCUUCCAAGCCUCCCUUAAGCUCCUCCAGCAUGACCUCACGAAUCCUGCUCCGACAGCAGCUCAUGCGUGAGCAGAUGCAGGAGCAGGAGCGUCGGGAGCAGCAGCAGAAGCAGCAGGCAGCCCAGUUCAUGCAGCAGCGAGUGCCCGUGAGCCAGACGCCUGCCAUCAACGUCAGCGUGCCCACCAGCCUGCCCCCUGCCACCCAGGUGCCCAUGGAGGUCCUCAAGGUGCAGACUCACCUUGAGAAUCCAACCAAGUACCACAUUCAGCAGGCCCAGCGGCAGCAGGUAAAGCAGUACCUCUCUACCACUCUAGCAAAUAAACAUGCCAACCAAGCCCUGAGCUUGCCAUGUCCAAACCAGCCUGGGGAUCAUGUCAUGCCACCUGGGACGGGGAGCAGCGCGCCCAACAGCCCCAUGGCGAUGCUCACUCUCAACUCCAACUGUGAGAAAGAGGGAUUUUAUAAAUUUGAAGAGCAAAGCAGGGUUGAGAGUGAGUGCCCGGCUCUGAAUACACACUCACGAGCAUCAUGCAUGCAGAUGGAUGAUGUGAUUGAUGACAUCAUUAGCUUGGAGUCCAGUUAUAAUGAAGAAAUCCUCGGCUUGGUGGACCCAGCCCUGCAAAUGGCAAACACGUUGCCUGUGUCUGGCAAUUUGAUUGACCUUUAUGGCAACCAAAGCAUGCCUCCUCCAGGACUAAACAUCAGCAACUCAUGUCCAGCUAAUCUUCCUAAUAUAAAAAGGGAGCUCACAGAGUCAGAAGCGAGAGCCUUGGCUAAGGAGAGGCAAAAGAAAGACAAUCACAACUUGAUUGAAAGAAGAAGAAGAUUUAAUAUUAAUGAUCGUAUAAAAGAACUGGGCACCUUGAUACCCAAGUCAAAUGACCCCGACAUGCGCUGGAACAAGGGAACGAUCCUGAAGGCGUCGGUGGAUUACAUCCGCAAGCUGCAGAGGGAGCAGCAGCGCACCAAGGAGCUGGAGAACAGGCAGAAGAAGCUGGAGCAUGCCAACAGGCACCUGCUGCUCAGAAUACAGGAGCUUGAGAUGCAAGCCCGGGCACACGGACUGUCCCUUGUCCCAUCCACAGGCCUUUGCUCCCCUGACAUGGUCAACAGGGUCAUCAAACAGGAGCCUGUGCUGGACAACUGCACCCAGGAGAUGAUGCCACACCACACAGACCUGUCCUGCACCACCACCCUGGACCUCACUGACGGCACCAUCACCUUCAGUGACAACCUGGGGAACGUGACUGAACCAGCUGGCACCUACGGAGUUCCUGCCAAAAUGGGAUCCAAACUGGAAGACAUCCUGAUGGACGAUACCCUGUCCCCCGUGGGAGUGACUGACCCACUGCUCUCCUCCGUGUCUCCUGGGGCAUCAAAGACGAGUAGCAGGCGGAGCAGUGUGAGCAUGGAGGACACUGACCAUGCCUGUUAGCACCUGUUGGCACACCUUUCAUAAACUACUUUGGUUCUUUGAUCAGUAGAUGAAAUAAUUUACCCUUUUGUAGAAUUUUUUUGAUUUUUUUUCCCCCUCGUGCUUCAUCAGUGUGUGUGCGUGUGUGUAUAUAUUAUAUAUAUAGAUUUUUUUUUAGAAUUUUUGUGAAGAAACUUGUAUAUUCUAUUUUAAAACUACCAAUGCCUCCAAAAUAUUGUACAGCAUAUGUACAGAAUCUGUGAACUGGAUUCGCCAAGAACUUUGAACUGGUCAAAUCUACUCAAAGCAAUAGAAUUACAGAUGAAGAGUCUGUUUCUACUGGGGGGAAGGGGGCAAUUGUAGGAUUGUAAAUGCAACCUAUUUACUUGGAAACAAAAUGUAAAGUUUAAGAAUGUAAAGAAACAACAACAACAACAAAAGUCCAAUUUGUAAUUGUAUUAAUUGAAUAGUGCUGCCUUAAAGAUACAGUGUCCCUCAAAUGUUGGUCUUACAUGACAAGUGUUUAGCGAAAAUACCCACCUGACUUCACUCAGAAAAGAAACUAAACCCAAGUGUUAAGACAUCCUGAUUGUGUUGAUUGUGAUAUAAAAUGCUGUUGCUGAAACUGCAGGGAGAUGUGAGUGUCUCAGAGUGUUGUUUAAUUUUACUCUGAGCUGAUUUGGGUUUUCCUUUUGAUCAUGGUUCAAGUUUUUCCUCUUAAAUUUUUAUUUUGUUUUGUGACACACAUGGGUGGCUUUGCCAAUGGCAAAGCAAGCAGGAGCACUGUAAGUUGGGAUACACUCUUUGGACAAAAAAAUUAUGCAUAUUAUAGCUGGGCACAUUAUGUUGUACAUAUCUAAUUGGCUUUAUUUUUUUUUAAAUUGUAUUGUACAGUUUCUUUUGAUUUGCAUGGAUUCCUUAGUUAUCCUCAACUUUUUGUUUUAAGUUAAUUUGUAUUUCAUUUGUAAGAUUUUUGCCUCUUAAUAUUGCAGCGAUUUUUUGACAUUUUUAAAACUCAUUGGAAGUUUUCUGCGUUCUUUGUAAACACUUGAAAGGAAGCUUUUAUGCAGAGUUCUGUGUUUUAAGAGAGAUUUUGAGAAUAUUUUGUAUAUUACAGUCUCACUUUGAAAAUGUUUUUAAACGCAUUUAAGGUAGAGUAAAAAUUUAGAUUAGGUAAUAAAACAACUCUGUAGAGAAACUGAACUUACAUAUUUAUUUUUAGUGAUACAGAAAAAAAAGUAGUAAUAUGCUUGGAAACAUAACUAUGUAGUUAAUAUACCCGUUAGAGCAAUUCGUGUUCUAUUUCAGCACUGGGGCUGACAUAAGAGAAAAAAAAAACAACAAAAAAAAAGAGUAAAUUACUGUAUCUGCAAAUAACUGUUACUUGAUAACAAUGUUAUUAAUUUUUAACAUGCAACCAUGUUGUAAAAGUAGUUUGGUGCAUUAUCUACUCAAGUGUAGUCCUAUGCAAUAACGGUAGUUUUCCUUGUAUUAUAUCCAGCCUAGGUGUUCCACGGAGGUGACAGACAGGUGGUGUUCCGAGGGAAUGGAGUUCUCCACGGCAGCCUACAGCUGACUGGCAGGCGUAGCUCGUUCAGAAUGAAGUGCCUUAAACUCUAGUUGUAGUCUUCCUCGACUAGCACUGACUGAAGUGUGGCGUAGACAGAGCUUUGGGGUGGUGGUGUGUAGGGCCUUGAGGUGUAGCAUGGUGCCUACAGAUAGAAAACCAGAGCUUCCCUUUCUCCUUUGUGCUACACUGGAAAUUACAUAGGAUGGGUGCAACGGCGAGUAACUUGAGUGCCAGUUUGGCCAGCUUUCCAAGAAAACCGUGGGCUCAGCAGGUGGUGUUCAGAAACCAAAUGUGAACUGGGUAGGUUGGGGUGGCUGGGGGUAGUGAUGGGAGUUUCCACAGCGCUGAGCUCUCUCUCAGACAUUUCUUCAGGAGGGCUCCCUGCCUGCCACCACUGUGGUUGCAUGGGAGGCAAGGGUUCCUGGUGUCCCCUGCCUGGCACUGCUGCUGUGGUGUGAGUGGCAAGGGUUCCUGGUGUCCCCUGCCUGGCAUUGCUGCUGUGGCAUGGGUGGCAAGGGCUCCUGUGUCCCCUGCCUGGCAGCUGUGCUCCCAGCACAGGGGCUCAGGCUCUGCAGGGCUGUGGAACUCGGGUCUGUGUUCCUGUCACUCUUCCCGUGGCUGUGUCCAGCCCUCCCUUCCCGCUUGAGCCGCCAGCGAUGUGUUAGCGUUGAUGCAACCACAGGGUUGUGGCUUUUUUUCUUUUCUUUUAUAGUUCUUGAAGGAGGAGCUGGAGAUGGGUUGUAAUGAUGCCUCUCCCCCCUCAGCCCACACAGCUUUUGGGAAUAUGUUUUUCCUAGGGUAGAGAAGCUCUGGCCCAGGCAGGACCCAGGAGGCUGCAGGUUGUGCUGUGGUCAUCAUGGUCCUGGGACAAGAAAUGCCCCCAGUCCCUGCAAGGCAGCUGUGCCGUAGCUCUGAGUCAAGUGUGGGGGUACAGGCUUCUGGUGCUGCUGUUUGGCUGGGGUGACAGGUAGGAAAAUCUGUAAAAAAUGGAUGUAGCUGUAACACAGGGCUAUGUUGCCCUUCCCCAAAGAAUGGGGCAGCUCUGCAGUGUUGGUACAACAAAUCAGGGUGUGCAUGCUGGAGUGUAGUAACUGAGAACCACUGAAUGUAUUGAAUGAGGCUUUUGGUUUGGUGCCUGCCCGGGGCAUUCAGAAAUGCAAGUCUAGACUGUGGUAUAUGAAUAUUUUUCAAGCUUAUGUGAAACCACUGGUACUCGCUGACAUCCGUGACUUCUGAUUUUUGGCUGUGUGGAGGUGAAUUAGGAUUCAAGGCCAACCAUUCCAUCAAGAGCUGGAUUCCCUGGCAGAAGUCUCUGUGGCUGCAGCAGCUGUGUUGUGUGCUCCUAUACCUUGUGUUUUCUGGGGUAACACAUAACUUGGCCAUGCCCUGCUCACUCUUCCUCCUGUGUUCCCAUAGGUUACAGCCCUCCUCAGGGCCUGCCCACCCUUGGAAUGGUGACACUGCAGUGGGGACACCUCUAGGAGACACAGACCCCCAGUGGGUGCUAAUAGGAGGUGCCUUUGCCCCUUUGAGCAUGGUGGAGGGUGUGGGUGUGACAUUUUGGAGGGGUUGGUGGCAGGGGACAGAGGCAGCAGUCACAGGAAUGGUUUGGCAUGGGCUGGGUGGAGUGAGAUGGACAGAAGUUGUUGCCCAGUCUGGUGACAGUGACGUGUGUGACGCUGGGCAGCGGUGGCUUCCCUGAGCAGGUGGGUGGGGAAACGACCAAUUCUCACUUUGCCAAAGCCAUGCAACAGGCAGGGAUGUGCAGAGUACCAUGAAAAGUUCUUCCUUACUGCUUUUGGCCUAUAAAGCAAUAUUUAACUCUUACAACCGUUAAAAGCAAAAAGAAGGUACAUAGGGAAAGCACAAAGCACAAAAUAAUGCACUUACAUUUAUGUUGUUUGACAUAAAAUGCACUGGGGGGGAAGCUGAUGUUGAUAAUAGUAUAAAUACCUAUAUUUCUUGAAAAAGUGACAUUAAUUACUGCCUCUUGCUAUGAUGCUUGGUACUGUAAUGUUGAUAUUCAUCUGCUGUUGACUGCAGCAAUAAUUUGUGUAUGGUCCAUAGCACUGUAAAUUAUGGAUCAAUAUUAAUGUAUCCAAUGAAAUAAUUUGAACUGUUGUUCUUGAUAGAUGGAUUAAAGCAUUUGGUUU